AGACCGACAGACCGUUAAAUGCAACUGCAUUUCUGCAAGUUACAUUAUGCAAUAAUUAUUAUUUAACGAAAAUAUACAACACGGUGACUUAUACAAUAUUAUAAUGAAUCAUGCAUGGUAUUCAAAGAAAGAUGUUACCCAGGAUCUUACGACUGCUACUGGAAAAAGCGUUUGUGAUUUAAAGGAAGAAUAUGUUGUAGAGGGGCAAAAACCUCCACCAUACCAUUUAGCUGAUGAAGUAGAAGAGGAGAUGCAAAUCUCAACAUUGGGCGGAGGACAAAAACCUUCAGGCAAUAUAGAUAUUGGCAAGCCUGAUUUAAUGGGAAUAACGCAAAUGAUAAGAAUGGUUGAUCAGUUUUACGAAAAACCUCUUAUAAAAAAUAAGCCAGACGAUGAUAAUAGACUAGUAACAAACACCGUAAUUUCCAUCAGUAAAUUAAAUCCAGAUGUAGAAGAAUUUGUGCCAAGAAAUUAUGCAAAUAAGCCUCCAAAUAAUUUAAAUGUAGUAGGUGUAAGGUGUAUACAGGAAGACAUCAUUGAGAAAAAUGAUGAAACCGUUAAAUGUGAUAAGUCUGAAAAAGGAGAAAAGACUGAAAAAAGAGUGGAACAAUUAAGAAAUCCUAAAAGUCUUAAUAAUAUUAAAGAAAUAAACAAGAUCGAUAAUUGUUACAGCAAUAGUUUAGGUCGUAUUGACGUAUCGCGACUUUCGCCAUUAGAGAUGGAAGAGAUGAGAAAAAAGUUAAAAACGAAAAUAAGCGGAACGUCAAACACAAAUUGUGUAAAAGUAAAGCGAGAACGAAAUUUAGCUAUUGCAACAUUAGUGAAGUUACAUUGUAAGCCACCAAACGCAGCCGUUUCCGGCGAAGAAAAAUUUGAAUUAAAAACUCCAGAUUACUAUCAAAAAAGUCUCGAAAAAGACUCAAAAAUAGAGUCUAUUAAAAAAUCAAACAUACUAUCUGACGCUGCUCUAGAUAAUUCUGUCGUAAUUACAAAACAACUGGAAUACAAUGAAAAUCUUGAACUCACAAUUGGUAGCAAUACUAAACAACUAUGUGCUGUGAACGAAACAAAUACAACAUUUAAAGUACUAGAUGAUGAUAAAAAUACACAAAAACGACCAUCUCAAAGUCUAACUAGUACAACAAAGGAAAAUUCCUGUGUAAUAACAAAAGAAGUAAGAGAGUCGAUUGUAAAAGUGGAAAACUGGUUCAAUAGCCCUUCGAAGAAACAGAAAGGACCUUCAUUUUAUUUAGGACCUGUAACGUUUAAAAGAAAAGUUUGCAGUAAACCGAUGUCUCCGAUUUCAAUUGGUUCUGAAAACAGCAAUGCCCAAAAGUCGGAGAUUUUUGUGCCCUCGGAGUUCGCAAAUCAACUGUCUAAAAAGUACAUGGAACGCAGUAAAGCAAGAGAAGCUGACGAACAAGAUAUAUGGAUGAAAAUAGAGUCAGAAUUAAAAGCUAAGGAUAAAAAAUAAAAAAACAAGCACACGGUAUAGUUUACUGCUAAUAAAUGAAAUAAUAUUUUUCCUUCAAUAGCGAAUCAAUGUUGCGCAAGCACCAAAGCAGAUACAGAGAAAUUGAACAUACGUAUUUUAAUGAGUGCAUUUUUCGAAAUAUCAUGAGCAAUCACAAUUUAGUUAAAUUGGACUAUUUGUAAUGAAUAUAUUAUUUUACUUUAAUGACAUUUAAUUGUAAGACUUGGAUCAGACUUGGGGAAAGAUACCGUGUCAUCCCGUGACAUGUCAAAGUAUUUUGUUGAUCCCAAGGGCUUUAUGACACUAAACAAACUCAAGACGUGUAAAGGUAUUAAGCUUGAAUAAUAAACCAUAAUUAAUGUAAAUACGAUUAUAAUAUAUUUUUUUAAUAAAUUGAAACGGCACUAUGGGAACUAAUCUUGACGUGUUUAUAAAAUUAACUUUUUACCUCCAAAAAAACCAUUCUAAAAACAAUGCUCUCGAGUCGUUGAAGCGGCCGGAAUAUUGGAGGCCUCUAGCGACGUGACGCGACCGUCGCGAAGAAAGUUAGCUGGCAAACGAGUCGUCUGAGCGAUCCUGCCGGCCUUCGAAGCGUGGAUGAGACGAAAGCGACCAGUCACCUUCCGACUUACGCAGGUAAUAUCCGGUUACGCAGGUAAUACCUGUGUAAGAUCUGCCGCGAAGCGACGACGAAGUGUGACCCGCGUUGACGCGGACAGGCAGAUCCUGAUCCGCGAGGUCGGACAGGACCUCUCCCCGAAGCAUUUGUAUCAGUGAUGCUUCGCUGUAGCCUCCUGUGAAACCGUCAUGGUCUAGAAGGAGACGGCAGAGUGGGAACGGGUAAAGGCCGAACACGAUAAUUCGCCGAGUCACGAGCGGGCGUUAUUUAUUUAUUAUAUCGACACGAUCCCGCAGAAUCUCCGAUCUGAGCCGAGGACGGCCGUCGCAGUGGUUUUAGUUUAUAAGAAUCUCACAUAAACCCGGUUCCAAAGGGAGCCUGGUACCUUAUAAAGGUUUCCAUUGCGUAAAAAAAAAAUAAUAAAAUAAAUGGAGUCUA